AUGGUUAUCUAUAUCGAAGCUUGUGAAUCUGGUUCAAUGCUUGAAGGUUUAUUACCUGAUAAUAUUAAUAUUUAUGCAACAACCGCAUCAAAUGCUGAAGAAUCAUCCUAUGCAUGUUAUUAUGAUGCUAAACGUGAAACUUAUUUAGGUGAUUUAUAUUCAGUUAAUUGGAUGGAAGAUUCUGAUGCUGAAGAUAUUACAAAAGAAACAUUAUUUAAACAAUUUCAAGUUACGCAACAGACCACAAACUUAAGUCAUGUUAUGCAAUAUGGUGAUCUUACAUUAGGUGCAUCACAUAAUGUUAUCGAAUUUCAAGGUGCCAAUAAAACUAAUAAACAACAAUCAGCUGGUCGUAUGAAUACAUUACUUAAAGGUGAUGCUGUUGCUACAGUUGAUGUUCGUCAAUCAAUCUUAUCACAUCGUUUAUCUAAAUUCGCAGUUAAUUCUAUUGAAAGAAUGCAAUUAGAACGUGAACUUGCUCAAACUACUGAACAACGAGAAAUUAUUUCCAAAACAAUUGAUUCAAUUGCUCAAAUAGCAUUUCAAGUUAAUCGUGCUAAUGCUUAUGAAUUAGUUACUUCCAAACGUAUGAAACUUACUCAACAUGAUUGUUAUAAAGCUGCUACACAACAUAUUCAUGAAAAAUGUUUUGAUAUUCAAAAUGAAUAUGCUUUGAAUAAAUUAUGGAUUGUUGCUAAUCUAUGUGAAAUUGGUCUUCAAAGCUUUACUAUUAAUCAUGCUAUUGAUAAUGUUUGUGAUGCUCUUGGUCGUCAAAAUUUUCAAUAUUAA